GGAUAGGGAGCAAAAUUGGCAGUGGAGACGAAGCACAUUCUCCACCACAUGCACAAUACUUCACUGGGGACGCCCAAAAGAGGCCCUUCACCACAAGACGUACGUCGUCAUUCCCAAUCUGAUCUCUUUAUUCUCCAAGAAGCCGGGGUUUUGCGAACUAGCUAGGAAUUAAUGAAGAAGGAAAAGGGGCUGGACUUGGUGUGGUCACCGGUGGCGUUGAUGGCCGCGAUGCUGUACGCGUGUCAGGCGAGCGGCCACCUUCACCCUCUGAUCCUGAUUCCGGGAAACGGGGGGAACCAGCUGGAAGCCCGGCUUACGGCCUCCUACAGACCGUCCGGACUGGUGUGCAACCGGUGGUACCCGCCCCGUAAGGACGCGGACGGCUGGUUCAGGCUAUGGUUCGACCCGACCGUCCUCUUUGCUCCCUUCACCUCCUGCUUUGCCCGCCGGAUGACGCUGCACUACGACCCCGAUGCCGACGAUUACCGAAAUGCCCCCGGGGUGGAGACCCGGGUUCCUGACUUCGGGUCCACUCGAGCUCUUCUCUACCUGGAUCCUAAUCUCCAGCAAAUUACUUCGUACAUGACAACCCUGGUGAAAUCCCUAGAGGAAAUCGGCUACGUCGACGGCGAAACUCUCUUCGGAGCUCCGUACGAUUUCCGGUAUGGUUUGGCCGCCGAUGGUCACCCAUCCCGCGUCGGUUCCAAGUUCCUGCAAGACUUGAAAGAUCUAAUCGAGGAAGCAAGCUCCUCCAAUGGCGGAAAACCAGUGAUCCUCCUCUCCCACAGCUUGGGAGGCCUUUUCGCCCUCCACCUCCUCAACCGAAACCCCCCUUCCUGGCGCCGGAAAUUCGUCAAACACUUCGUCGCGCUCUCGGCCCCGUGGGGCGGCACCGUCACCGAAAUGCUCACCUUCGCUUCUGGCAACUCCCUCGGCGUUCCCCUGGUGAAUCCGUUGCUGGUCAGAGAAGAACAGAGGAGCUCCGAGAGCAAUCUCUGGCUCUUGCCUUCUCCGGCCCUCUUUGGACCCGGGAAAUCGCUCCUGAUUACCCCGAAUUCCAGCUAUUCCGCGCACGAAAUUGGGAAAUUUCUCGAAGAAAUUGGAUUCCCGGAAGGGAUUCGUCGCUACGAAUCUCGGAUUUUGCCUUUGGUGGAGCGAUUGGGGGAGCCGGGCGUGCCUGUGACCUGCGUGAUCGGGAGUGGGGUGAAGACGCCGGAGACUCUGUUCUACGGGACUGGAGGGUUCGACGAUCGGCCGGAGGUGGUGUAUGGGGACGGAGAUGGAACGGUGAAUCUAGUGAGCUUGUUGGGGCUGGAAUUGUUGUGGGGGGAAGGGAAGGAUUCUGAGGGGCUGAAGGUGAUUAGGGUUCCGGGGGUUUCUCAUUCAUCCAUCCUGGAAGAUGAGGCUGCGCUUGCUGAAAUUAUUGCAGAGAUUUCCGCCAUUAACGCUCAGCUUCUGAGUUCAGUUGUGUGGAGAGAGUGAGUGUCAUCAGCCAUGGCCGUGUGAUCGGACAAAGCUAACUCACUCGAAAAGGGUUCUUCUGUUCUUCCGUUGAAGCAUGGUUUGAAAAUUUUGAGAAUUUAUUUGAAUAUUCUGAUUUUUAUUUUCUAAAUUUAUACAGUUUUUAUUUGGAAUCA